GACAGCCUUUAGCCAAUAAAAAAAGCGAUGUGCCCUCGUCAUCAGUUGCUGGGUGAAAAGGUUAAAGCUGACCAACGUUUGUUGUGGAAGAUGUCAUUCGUGAGAGGAGCUAUGAUAACUGCGUCAAAGUCAAGAGUAUUGAGCCUUGCCAGGGCAUCUACUCGUCUGAACAACCUCAAUGUGAGCCAACAGUUACAGAGACUUCCCCAGCAGCCAGCUCUUUACACAGCUGGGCUCCAGAAGAGCUUCAGCAGCGCCUCAACACAGGAGAAGCUAUCUGUGUUGGAUCCAUCUGGAGAACAUGUUCAACUCACUGAGUCCUGUGUGAAGAGACUAGGGGAGAUCAUGGGGCAGGGCGAAUAUCUGAGAAUCCAUGUGGAGGGAGGAGGCUGCUCCGGGUUCCAGUACAAGUUUUCUGUUGAUGCUAACAAGAAUGAAGAUGACAGAGUGUUUGAGCAGGGAGGAGUGGGCAUUAUCGUGGAUCAGGACAGCCUGGAGUUUGUGAAAGGAGCCACUGUGGACUUCAGCCAGGAAUUGAUCCGGGCCGCCUUCCUCGUGCUCAAGAAUCCUCAAGCUGAUCAUGGCUGCUCCUGUGGCAGCUCCUUCUCUGUCAAAUUAUAAUCCUGCUACCCUUUUCUCUCUGUCAGUGUUACUUAUUACUAAAAUUUACCAGUUUAUUAGGUACACAUACAAAAUAAAAUAUUUUAGACACUAUUCAAUAUAAUGCAUUCUAAAUACUGGUUUUGAAGUAUGAAACUACUUUAACUUAAUGAAAGGCAGAGGUCAUGAUUAACCAUUGUGCUAUUUUGACCUGAGUUCACAAUAUUUAACUGUAAUUUUUCAUGUGUUCAGACAAAAUGAAGGCUCAGUUGAGGUGUUUGUUGGUUGCGGUGCUUAGAUUUGGUUUUGUGUGUAAAAUAUGUAAAUAGACCAUAUCUAUGAUUGCAAAGAGCUAAGCUAUAUUAUAUUUGUUUCAUCUAAAAUAAAAUGGAGUGAAUUUCAGAUAUUAA